AUGGGCCACCGCGCCCUCGGCUCCUCCAUCCACGCCUGGGCCAAGCUGAGGGUUGCGCCUGGAGAACCUUGGAUGGACGCGUUCUACCCCGCCGCAGCCGCCGCCGCGCCGCGGCUCGGCGCGGUCGGGUUCGUCACCGUCGUCUGGUCUCUCGCGCGGCUGGGGCAGCGGCCCGACCCCGACUGGCUGCGGCAGCUUCUGGAGGACGCCUGCGGCGGCGGCGGCGACAGCAGCGGCGGCAGCGGCGGCGGCGCCGGCGGCGCGUUGGAGGGGUUCACGCCGCAGCGGCUCGCGAUGACGGUGUGCGCGUUUGCGCGCCUCGGCUGGACGCCUGGGCCAGAGUGGCUCUCUCAACUCGGCGCCGCCGCGGCCCUUGCGGGGUCGGGGUCGGGCCCGGGCGGAGCGCAGGGGCUGGACCAUUUCCACAUAGAGUGGGCGUGGCGGGAGCUGAACGAUCAGUAUGCGCAGCGGAUGAGGGAGCGGCAGCAGCGGGGCCCGGAGGAGGAGGAGCAGGAGGAGGGAGGAGGGGCCGACCCGCUCAAGCUGCCUGCGGCGGCGGCAUCGGCAGCAGCGGCUGAGCGCGGCAGCGGCGACACCAGAUCUGCCAGAUCUGAGUCGUGA